UCCGGCACGCACACAUAUACACACAUACACACACGUGUGAGAAAAGCUGUCGUUGAAUCCUGCUCCGGUAUCUUGUAAACCUCACCAGACACAGUGGCUGCGUCAAGCUCGGGUCCGUGAAGAAGUCUCUGCAGGUGUUCAUCAGCUCAGAGACGAGACGUGUUUCCCUGAGUCACAGUUGUCUGUUGCUGCCUCAUCCUCACAAACGUUUGGCUCUGAUGGCUGAGUCAGAGCCUGUGCCUGUCCAGGUUGGAGAGAAGAGAGGCUGUCCAGAGAACAAAGGCAAAGACACACCGUCAAAGAAACCCAGAGUAGAGAGUGAUCACGAAAAUGGAGGCCCUCCCCACCAAGACGAGGAGGAGGAGCUCGAGGGCGAAGCGGGCGAUGGAGAGGAGGAUGGGGAGACCUUUGCCAAUAUGAUGAAGCAUGGUCUCACUGAGUUGGAUGUGGGCAUCCUGAAAUACGUCAGUGACCAUGAAGGCUUCUCAGGAAUCCUGAAGGAAAGAUACUCUGAUUUCGUGGUGCAUGAAAUCAACAAACAAGGAAAGACAGUGCAUUUAGAUGACCUCUCCAUCCCUGCUGUGGCCGAGGAAGUCCCAGAGGCUGAACAGCAGCCAAACGAAUCUGAUGUGCUGACUGAAGAGCAGAAGAAGCAGCUCGGAGAGCUGCAGCUCUUCAAGAAUAAAGAGGGCAAUGUCUCCAUUGAAGUGAUAGAUGAUACAAAAGAGAAGAGGACACUGGUUCACAAAGCCAUCAAGACCCAGUUUCCUGGUCUGGAGACUAAGACAGAAGAAAAGGAAGGGCGCAAGUUCAUAGUGGCGUAUCACGCUGCUGGGAAGAAAGCUCUAGCAGCACCAAGGAAACACUUCUGGCCCAAAAACCGUGGCAGUUUUUGCCACUUUGUCCUGUACAAGGAGAAUAAAGACACCAUGGACGCCAUCAAUGUGCUUUCAAAGUUCCUCAGGCUCAGACCCAACAUGUUUUCCUACAUGGGAACCAAGGACAAGAGAGCCAUCACUGUGCAGGAGAUUGCUGUGCUCAAGAUCACAGCAGAGAGGUUGGCUCACCUCAACAAGUGCCUCAUGAACCUCAAGCUGGGAAACUUUAGCUACAAAAACCAUCCUCUAAAGCUUGGGGAGCUGCAGGGAAACCACUUCACUGUGGUCAUCAGGAACAUCUCAGGAACAGAUGAGCAGGUCCAUCAGGCCCUGACAUCCCUCAAGCAGACAGGUUUCAUCAACUAUUAUGGCAUGCAGCGCUUCGGCACCACAGCUGUGCCUACGCAGCACGUCGGCAGAGCCAUCUUGAGAAAUGACUGGAACGAGGUGGUGGAUUUGAUUCUGAAGCCUCGUCCUGGAGCAGAGAAAGAGUUCCUGGUCCGCUGCAGGGAGGAGUGGGCGAAGACUCAGGACCCGGAGGCAGCCCUGAAAAAGCUGCCCAACAAGCGCUGUGUGGAGGGGCAGCUGCUGCGAGGCCUGUCUAUGUACGGCAAGAAGAACAUCGUCACCGCCUUUGGACUGAUCCCCCGUAACAACCGUCUGAUGUACAUCCACAGUUACCAGAGUGUGGUGUGGAACACGAUGGUGAGCCGGAGGAUCGAAGCCUUCGGCCUGAAGGCGGUUGAGGGGGACCUGGUGCUCAGAGGAACCACAGCACAUGUGCUGUCUGCAGAGGAGGCUGAGAGUCACACCAUCCACGACAUUGUGAUGCCACUCCCUGGGUUUGACGUCAUCUACCCCACUCACCACGUGGGUAAAGGUUACAGGGAGCUGCUCUCUGCAGACAAGCUGGACAUCGACAACAUGAGGCACAAAGUGAAGGACUACUCUCUGGCUGGAGCCUACAGACGCAUCAUCAUCAGACCCAGCGAUGUCAGCUGGGAGGUGAUUCAGUAUGACGACCCCAGGAUCUCCCUGGUGCACAGUGAUUUUGAGAAACUGGAGAACAAACCUGCCCCAGUCUUCAACAAAGAGGGGAAGUACCGGGCUCUGCGGAUGGAGUUUUCUCUGCCUCCUUCAACGUAUGCUACUAUGGCAAUCCGAGAGGUCCUCAAGUUGGACACCAGCAUCAAAAAACAGACGCAGCUCAACACCACCUGGUUCAACUGAGACUAAAACACACUCCGGCAUUGACCAGACUGCUGCUGCAGGCUGCAAAACACCCGACUACUGUGGCUACUAACUGUUGUGAGUGUUUUAAGUGUAUUGUGUGUGAGAGAGUUAGUGAGUGAGUGAUUGGGUUCUAUAUGAACCCAAAGUACAAAGAGCAACAGAUACCAUUAUUCAACUGCUUCUUUUUUUUAAAUAAUGUUUUUACUUGUUCUAAAAGGUUUCAUUGCUGCAACGAUUCAGCAUCUUUUGACAGCGACUUAAGUCAGCCCUGUGCUUUCAGGGUGCUCUCACAUACAGUAAUCCCUGCUGCACAGGCUGAGCAGCAUGCCUGGUUUGUACAGAAAUGGGUUUUUGCUUUUUUUUUUGCUUU